UCUGGGCACUGAACAGUAAGACUCUUCCUUCACUCUUUCAAGUAGCCAUCCGAGUCUUGGCAGUGCCUGCUUCUAGUGCUCCAGUGGAGCGAGUUUUCAGCCAUGGUGGCAUCAUUCUGCGUCCCCAUCGUGCACAAAUGACUGACAGACUUUUGGCCAAUUUGAUCUUUUGCAAAUGCAAUGCAGUGUAGGGGCCUCCCUCCACCUGUCCACAGCACGCAUGCGCACACACACUCACUCUCUGCUCAUCACCUGUCCACACAGCUCUCUCUCUCUCAUACACACCAGUCUCUAUGGAGGCAUUCCAAUUAUAUUAUCAGGUUGGUCCAGUUUUUCAGAAGUGAUAAUUUUGAGGAGUGAGGAUUUUAUUGAUGACAUGUUUAAAAAAGUUUAGGCUAAAAGAACCCAUGUCUAUUUGAAAGUUAAACUGUUUUGCAAUAUGAGGUCAAUGCAAUACAAGACUGAAGCUGCUGUGCAUUGUUCUAGUGCAAUAUGCUGUUGAAAUAAGAGCAUUUUUUGUGAAAAUUAAAUUUUCUGUUUUCUACUGUGUUUGAUUAAUGUCAUUGUAUAAAAAGAGGUUUAAAUAAAUACAAAUCUUACAGACAUACAUGAUUUGUAUAAAUGUUAUUUCUGUGGUAAGAGGACUUGAAAUGACUCGAAACUAAAAUGGUAGGACUUUGGACUCGACUUGAGACUUGCAGGCUUUGACUUCUGACUCGACUUGGGACUUGCCUCAUCUUUGACCCGACUUGACUCGGGACUCGAGAGCAAAGACUUGAGACUUACUUGUGACUUGCAUAACAAUGACUUUGUCCCACCUCUGGCUGUGUACACGGUAGUGUAGCGGUUAACACGGUGCGCUACGAACCUGGAGACCCAAGUUCUAUUCUGGCUCUCAGCCAACACGUGACGAUUAUCUGAACCGGUCCUGGGCCUCCCCUAGGUCGACUCAGACUCCAAUGAGUACCUGGUGCAAUGUAAACAUCACCACUAGGGAGAAAAAGGCGGCCAGGAGUGGUGUUGGCCACCCAUCCCCCUCGUGUGGCGUGUCAGCCUUCAGAUGUGCUCCUCGCUAACAUCACUUGCCCCAAGUCUGUUUAGGUUAUACCGGGGAUCUUUGUCUUGUACAUGUGUGUACACGUGUUUGUCUUGUCUAUGUGUGUGACCAAAAGUAUGUUAAAGCUAUGUGGGGGAUAUUUGUCUUUGCCUAUGUGUAUAGAAUGUGUGGUGCAGUAGUUAGCGCACCGCACUGUGCUACAAACCCCGGCAGAGAGCCGAGUUUGAUUCCCACUCAUGGCCACUGCCACCACCAGCACCGGUGGCAGCAAUUGAUCCUCAUGGUGGUACACCAGGGUACCAAAUAAUACAAAAUGGCCGAGGCAAUUAAAUAUUUUAUUUCUGGGACACUUUUUAACUCCGCGACUGGGGUACCAAUCAAUGCGAAAUCAGUGCUACUCCGCGAUGUCGAAACACCAAAUAUUAGCAUUAAAAAAUCCGUUUUCGAAAAAUUAAACUUUUAAGAGUGCAUUGUGUACAGCUCGUUGAGAUGAAUCGAUUACCGCAUCGCCGACCAUCACCAGACUAAAAAUGAUUGCAUCACGGACAUUAUGCGAGAGCCGGGGAACUAUGGUACCCUGGGGUACCGCCCUGAGGUUCAAUUAUCAGAACUGGUCCCGAGGCCUCUCCUAGAUCAACUCCGCUUCAAAUAAGUACCUAGUUUGGUGUGUGACGUACCUGGGGCGUUGUGAUCAACCAUGCCCUCGUGUGCCACAGUUCCAGCUUCAAUACAUGCUGCUAUUUGCUUACAGCACUUGCCCCAACAGUCUACUGAGGCUUUAUGAUUGACCUCUGUCUUUGUCUGAACCGUGUGCAGAGGCUGGGUGUGCCCCCAAGAAACUUCAUACAUGCCGCUCCUUACGGAUUGAUAUACUUUGGUGGUUGGAAGAAACCAUACAGCCUGCCGGGGAGCUUCCCACUACACUCUGUGCUCAAGAGCCAGGACACGGAGUUUGUGGACUUUAUCAGCCGCUGCCUCCAAUGGGAUCCAAAUCUUCGGAUGACUCCCACUCAGGCGCUCGCACACAGCUGGCUUCAGGGCAUGGCCGAGGUCCAUGAUCAAGGGGCAGCCACGGCCACAACCAGCACCACCAUUACCACCGCUACCACCACCGCUGCUCGCAGUGUGCAGGGCCGGAUAGCGCUGAGAUCCAGAGAAGAGGGCUCCGGAGAAUACGAUGCAAAGUCUGGAGCCACUGAGCCACGAGUGAAACCGGUGCAGCCCAGCUCACUUGCCCAGACCUCUGAAGAGGAAACAGAGGUUGUGGUGGAAAAUGAGGGAGACCAAAAGACUGAGGUGGAGGAGGAAGAGAAAACGGAGGAACAGGAUCAGGAGACAGAGGAGGAGAUGGAUAAGGGGGGAAAUAUGGUGGAGGAAGAGAAGAUGGUGGUGGAGGAGAUGAUGGUGCAGGAGGUUGAGAAGUUAGAGAAUGAGGUGACGGACGUGGAGGAGGAAGAGGAGACGGAGGAGACGGUGGAAGAGGAGCCGGAGGAGGAGGAGGAGCCGGAGGAGGAGCUGGAGGAGGAUAAGCCGGAGGAGACGGAGGAGCCGGAUAAGGGGGGAAUUAUGGUAGUGGAGGAGAUGAUGGUGCAGGUGUUUGAGAAGUUGGAGGAGGAAAAGGAGAUGAAGGAAAUGAAUAAGAAGCGAGGGUGCAUGGCUCGUGUGGGGAGAGCAAUACGCUCACUCCUCCGCCACGUGCUACUGUGCGGUGGCCGGUCCACCCCACAGUAGGGGUGGUAGUGGUGGUGGUCGUACAUUUGUGUAAACCACGACUGCUAUCACCACACCACCCACCCUCCCCCCGUGAUACACAUUUUUAGUCUAUUAGUGUAAAUAUUUUUAGUCUAUUUCUGUAUAUAUUUUGUCUAUUGCUGUACAUAUUUCCUUGGAUACAAUGCAUUUGUAGUGACAGAACGGUCACUAC